AUGGCAAUGACUUUAAAUUCGCAUAACUAUGAGGAGGAGCAUAUAGCGCUAGGCCGUGAUAUCAUAGAUAGUCAUGCCCCCGUUUCAUUGCGUGAUAGAGUUUUAACUAGCGUUUUUACCCUUUUCUUGUCAUUAAUUACUGAUGCUCAAACACAAUCUUCUAAUUUGACAUCCAUCCCAAUCGGAGAUGAUCGAAUAGUUGGUGGCGCAGCGAUAAAAGUUAUUAAUCGUAAUUUUCAAGUAGCUGUUUUACUAGGACCAUAUUUAUGUGGUGGUUCAUUACUUACGAUGGAAUGGGUUUUAAGCGCCGGUCAUUGUGUUAAUGGACAGACGGCGGCCAAAACAUACGUACGUGCUGGAUCAAAUAAUUAUAAUUAUGGUGGUGUUGUAAGAUAUGCAAAACAACUUUUCCUUCACCCCAAUUUUGAUAUAAAUACGUUAAAUAAUGAUAUUUCUAUGAUCCUUUUACAAAGUCCAUUCGUUGAAUCUCCUUAUAUAGGUACAGUUUCAAUAGCAUCUGCUUUGCCACCAGUCGGUGCACAAUUACAGGUAUCAGGUUUUGGUACGACUUCAUCUGGUGGUAAUUUAGCCCCAUAUUUGGAAACUGUUUAUGUAAACAUGAUUGCAUUAUCGCAAUGUCAAUCAGAUUAUAAUAAUGAAUUAACUAGCACAAUGUUUUGUGCUGGAGUUCCCAAUGGUGGAAAAGAUUCAUGUCAAGGUGAUUCCGGUGGUCCACUCACAUAUAAUGGCAAAUUAGUUGGAGUUGUUUCAUGGGGUGAUGGAUGUGCCACAGCGGCACAUCCUGGUAUUUAUACUAAUGCACCAUUAUUCAUUUCUUGGAUUAACAGCACGAUGAGUAGUAAUUGA